AUGCGGAUGAAUGGCUUUAUCAGUUCAUGAGAACUCCAAUGAGUCAAAGAAUCAAUAAAUACUUGAUAUUGAAUGAAACAUUGAGUCAGAAUGUUUCGGGCGGCUCGAUUCCCUGUUCAACAGGCAAGAUGUAUUUUACGAAAGCCUUAUGGAUAUGGACAGUCUCAACGGCGUGGAUUCUUUGAGGUGCCUAUGGUUCUUGUUCCGCCUUUGUAUUUCUUGGGAUUGGGAAUUGCGAUGUGGACUUGGAAAUGCUUCAUGAUGGUAACAUUUCAAAAUAAAAUCAUCUACAUGCCCGGAUUGCCUCCAAAUUCUAGACAAGAAACCAUUGCAAAUUACCAAAAAGAAUGUCUGGGUAUAAAAUGGAGAGAAGAGAAAAUUAGAUCCACAGAUAAUACUGCCAUCAGCCUAUGUGUCGCAGAAGCAUCUUGUGGCAGUGCUACAAAAGAUCAAGGUAGACCGCGGAUGGUCUAUGUCUUGUAUUUCCAAGGUAAUGCAGCAUCGUUACCACCAAGGCUUCCUUUCCUCUCCACGGUUCCACGAAAACUGGAAAAACUGUCCGCUGCCCAUAAAGAGUCUGUACAAUACGUUUUUGUAUGUUGCAGCUAUAGAGGGUAUUGGAAAUCACGAGGGAGGCCAUCGGAAAAGGGACUCAUGAAAGAUGCAGAAGCUAGCAUACAAUGGGUUAAGAAAGAUCUUGAAGCACGACCAGGCUCAGAUGGAUGCGAUAUUGUUCUUUGGGGUCAAAGUAUAGGAGCGGGUAUUGUGACAGGUCUGGCUGCGAAGAGUGGCAUAUUCUCAUACGAAUUGCGUCUGCAGAAAUUGAUUUUGGAGACUCCUUUCCUGGGCAUUAAAGCUAUGCUAGAGACACUCUAUCCACAAAAGUGGCUUCCAUAUCGACAUCUUCACCCAUUUUUGAGAAACCACCUUGAUAGUUGGAAAGCUCUGGGCGAAUUACAUGAACGGACUCAACGGUCCGGAUCAAAACUACCACAGAUUCUUAUUCUGCAAGCUGGAAAAGAUGAGCUGGUGCCGGAAUCGCAUGGAGGUAUGCUAGAGAAGAGGUGCUCGGAUCUUGCGUUUGAGGUGAAGAGAGAAGUCAUUCAAAGUGCGUUGCAUAAUGAGGUUUUGGUUCGUGGGGGUGGAAGUUCGAUCAUUGCAGAGGCUAUACGGGAUGUCAGUCUAGAGUAGAGUGGAAUUGUAAAGUAGUUGUUGGUGAUAUAUCAAACUAAUAUAUACCCAGGUAUCGUCUGGU